AAUAAAAAAACAUCAACUUCGUUGUGUCAUCUUUACACCCCGAUUUAUUGGUCUCUCUCUACAGAAUUUGCACCAAAUAAACCAGAGAAACAUAAAAUUAUCCGUCUAACGACGUUCAAUGAUCAAUUGUGAACACGCUGCUGUUUGUUUUACUGGAUUAAUUUCUUGUAUACACACUACUCACUGAAGUUAAUUUGAAUUUUCUAAAAUUUUGCAACAAAGAAAAACAACAACAACUGAUUGACAUUUUAUCAACUAAUCAAUCAAUCGAUCAAUCAAUCAAGCAAUCAAUCAAUGAAUCGGCUUAUCAAUCAAUCAAUCAAAGUGUUCAAUGUACAAUAUAAUUUGUUCAAUAGAUUUGACUAGCAGCUUUUCACUGUUCAACUAACUAACUCCUUCUCUAUCGCUAUCUCUAUCUCAUAUACAAAUUUGAAAAGCGGAAAAUCAAUAAUCACAGUUGACGUACACACACACAGACACAAACAUACACACAUAUGAAAGUCGAUCCUUCAUCAGUUGAUCUCCUUCACCCGUGUCCUAUUUAUCCAAAUCCAAUGCUGGCAUUCUGUUCAAGUAUCUCAUCAAAUGCUCGAAAUAUAUUUUCUCCAGAUAUCUGUAAAGAAUUAGACUCCUCAUUCAAUUGUAAUGAAAUGGGCAAUACCUCGUCAUCAACGUCAACAAUAACAACAACGCCACCAGCAACAACAACAACAAACUGUACAGUUUCAACUCCCCUGUCUUCGUCAUCCUCUGGUAUAACAAUGCAUAACGGGGAUACAUUAUCAGCAUCAGGAGCAUCGACAUUAUCAGUGGAGACAUCCGUCGUAGAUAAAGUUAUUCAUCUGUUAGGAAGUGUUUGUCAGUCGAAACACUUACCAAUUGAUGAGAAAUUGAAAAUUCUCACAGAUAUCGCUGAACAUGUAAUUAAAUUGUAUGAAAUGUUGACGAGUACACUGGGAGAGAAUUUCACAUCAUGGCAAGAUCAUGAAACUCCACUGAAUCUUACUCAACCAAAAUUGUCGCACAGAGAGAAGGAUGUCAAUGGUGUCAACAAUUCUACCUCCAGUGUACAACAACAAUUGUAUGAUACAAUAUCAAAUUCCCUGAAUCCUCAAAAUCUCACCUAUCCGCAAUCUGCCAAGUCUUUAACAAACACCUCCUUAUUCCCACCUGUGUUGAAUAUCCCAUCAACCAACCCAUUAAUUCAAAUGACCCAGUCUAUGCCAUGGUUACAACAGAAAUCAGCAGAUCAGCUAACAAAUGGAUUGAUGUGUCCUACAAAUGACAGCUCAGAGAUGAUGAUGCCUUCCGAAAGAAACUUAACUCCCUUCUUUAAUUGGUUGUCUACAUUUCCAGAUGUCAACCUCUUACCUAACUGGUUACUUGAACAAAUCACCAUGUCGAAUAACGAAAAGAUGAGUACAAAUCCGAUGACACACUCCCCUAGUAACAAUAAUAAUAGUAAUAAUGCAUUUACUGAAACCAUGUUAAACUAUAUGAAAUGCUACUAUGCAAAAUUAUCAAGUAAUCAAACCCCCAGUGAACAGUACCAAAUGGAAAUCGGCCAGACUUAUCCAGGCAGCAGAAAGACUUCACAUGCCUCGAACAAAGAAUACGCUCUUGAUAAUCAACAAUUGUCUAUAAAAAAUUCCAUAGAGGAGGAGGAAAUAUUCACAAUGGAUAUGAUCUUAUAG